AUGACGGUGCAGGGGGCAAGGAACAUUGUGGAAGCACAUGUGCACCCUGCCAUUGAAGCAGUGUCGCAUGAUGGCCAGGGCCAGGGAAAGUUCAGAGCUGCCCAGGUCUCGGUGAUCCGCUCUGGCAACUUGUUCCAGGAUCUGCCGCCGCACCCGAUAGUGCCAGAAGGCCCUGUUGGAGAAGCAUUGCUGCUGCAGCUGGCGCGGGAGCAGGAAAGCUCCGAGAUGCUGGACUUCCUAGACCGGUACUUGCUGCGCAGCUCGCUGGACUGUCCUUUUCUGGUCCUCUCCGAGGGCCAGCUCGUGGAGUCAGUUCCAGCACCAUCCGUACAGGAUCUCCAGAGAUUGAAACAGCUCGUGAGGAACUGCAUUGACACUUGCGAAGAAUAUGGUGCGGCGUUGCUGGUGGAUUUCGAAGGUGAGAUGCCAGGCCAUGGUGGGGAAGUGAGCAUCGCUCAAGUGCAGUUCACUCAGGUCCUGGAUCUCAAAACAUUGAGCCCUUUGCGUUUGAACCCACUGCAAAGAUUCCAGUGUCCUGGAUUCCUUCUCGACCUCAGAUGUCCAAGCGGUGUUGAGAUCAUUCGGCAGGUUAUGGGGAGCCAGAAGAUCUUGAAGAUCCUCUGGGGAGCUCAAGGCGACUGCCAAUGCCUGAUGUACCAGCUACGACCGUUCUACAUUGGAGUGUAUCCAAUGGCAACGCUGGAUGCGCAGGUGGCCUUUGAUGCCAGUGUGCUUAUCGGCAUGGCGAAGAUGUUGCAGACGGUCCCUUCAGAGACCACCGGUGGCCUUCCCAUCAAAGAGGAUCAGAUCAAUUGGGACGCUUCGCACUGUGAGAACAAGCGUGCCCUGGAAGUGCCACUGAGCCGGGAGAGUGCGCUGUAUGCAGUGGACGACCUGCACCGCAUCGAGGCCAUUGUGGGGACCAAGCUUCCUCCAAGCGGAUCGUAUGCGGCUGCACUUCAGCAUACCGCCCAGAUGCUGCUGGGCUUGCGCCAGGAUCCUUGCGGCCUCAGCACGUUGGAGCAGGACCUGAGGUGGCUGGAGAAGCGCGAUGGCACAAAGAAGAUGGUGAAGGCGGUUCAGAUUGCCCGUCACUGCAUCUCCGUCCAGUUGCGGUUCAGCCUCGGAGGCCGUGACAACUCGAUAGAAGCCUAUCCUGAAGUCAACCUGAGUAUCCAGACUGCGUUGGCUCGUGCCAAUGAAGUUCUGCAGACGCAGAAUGUGCACGUCCCUCCGGACCUGUCGUUCAACAACGACCACCCCUCGCCCAGCGGCAGUGGUGUGUCAUGGGGUACGCCCAGUGACUUGUACAAUCCGGCCGAGGUUUUUCAAUGA